ACUUCUCACCCACAGUGCACUCUGAGGCUCUUCGGGGUCACAGCCGGUACAUGACACACCGUGGCACAGUGAUAUUGUCAUCUUAUGAAACGGUGCUAGUGGCACAUCUCAUCCGCGAUAAUACAUACGUCACAUUGAUCCCCAAACCGAGAACCCCAUCGCUUCACGCUGCGGUCCUUUGUCCAUAUUAUCCUCUCUACCACCCCUGCUAUCCGUCACCAUGGAUGAUUUGGAAAUACCCAGCAACGGGCGUAAUGCCGUCCCGCCCCCGUACGGCACGCCCAUGCAGCUUCAUGUCCUCAAGAGCUUCUGCAAUCUGCCAGCUGGCCGACCGGUCCAGGCGACGAUGAUCACCGUCUACACCAUCACCAUGUCCCCGGUCAUGGACGUCACUGUGCGGACCGCGUCUGGCUCCGAGAUACGGGCAGCCCUGAAAGUCUACGACCGUCGACUCGGUAGAGAUCUUCGGGAAUGUCUUGGGAAGCACGUAGCUCACACGCCGGAAGUUGAAACUGCUUUUCAGUACUUCGUGAAGGCGAAAAAGAUGGCCCCUUUCCUUCGCGAGCUGGCGAGGAGGUCAAAGGAAGAUUUCACCCCCCCAGAGCCCUGGCACUUCCUUGAUGAUGCCGGGCCCGACUGUCAAGCCGAGUUCGAAGCCGCGCUAUGGGCAAAGUGUGACGGAUACUUCAAGACCGAAACCGAGGCCUACGAUCGGUUGUGCCACCUCCAAGGCGAAUACAUACCGAGAAUGCUAGCCCACGUGCGCGUCAUAGUUCCGGUUCCUAAUGUGCCGGCGGACCUGGGCAAAUACUUCGAACUCAAAGGCGUCCUGCUCGAACGCAUCUCCGGAUACAAUCUCGGCGACCUUCCCAUCUCGCCACUUGCACCAAGUGAUCCAAAGAAGUGGCCCUCCAUUAUUCAAUCAUCCGUCAACCUCGCCCAUAAGCUUGAUGCGUCCGGCGUUCUCAUGGGCGACUGUGCCCCGCGCAAUGUGAUUGUGGACAAGCGGACGCAUAUGCCCUUCUUCAUCGACUUUGCCCAGGCCGAGUUCAAAGAAAUCCUCCUGCAAGCAUGGCACGACCCGAAAGACAAGGGGUGGAACCCGGAGUACGAGUACUGGAAGACAGUUGCAACUCGAAACAACCCGGGGGCCAUCGGAACGGAGAUGAAGGGGAAAUUGAAAAAAAUCAAGAACAUGGAGCUGAAGGGCAUUGUCUACCCGAAUUACGAGAGCAUCCUUAAGGAGAUUCAGCAGCCGAAGAAAGGCCAGAAGCUUGGCUAACGCACACCUCAUUGUGUACCUCUAUAAACUCGAAUACCCGUCCAAAAGCAGCGCGUCUACCGCGUUGCGUAUGACUACCUCUAUGAUACGUCAACAAAUCUCACUUCAAUAUCAGGAACUAGGUGUCUGAUUACCUAGAAUUGCCACUCCACUUCUUAAGGCGC